AAAUUAAAUAAUAAUAAUAAUAAUAAUAAUAAUAAUAAUAAUUACUUCUUACUCUAAAGUCGAUAGUUUCAGAAAAGCAGAAUGUUGAGAGGAAAACCAGCUGCCAAGCCGGUGAAGCGUCAAUCCGCUGCCGAGCCAGCACCACCGGGUAAACGGAAAAGGGAAUCAGUUUCAACAUCCUCAGAAGUUUCAACACUGGAUAUCUCCGUUCCAGUAUCAGAGGAAAACACACCAGUACAACCGGUUCCACUACUACAACUUAUUCAAGUGUGGCUACUCCUUCCAUCAAUGAAAGUGAUGUCAGUUUUGAGUCUGCUAAUCAUGUUGAUACAACAGAAGGUGUAAGAAUAUGGAUUGUUGGAUCAUCAAUAAUAUGGCAUGCUUUUGGUCAUGCUAGAAAAAAUGGGGGUCCAAUCUUGGGUUAUCCGCAGUGAAGGCUAAUAUCUGGUGGCAGGGAAAAGGCGGCAUGAGACGGCGACAUCUCCUCCCUAAAAUCAAAUUAAUGUUAAGGAAACCAGAAUCAAUUGCAAGUGUUCAGCAAAACCAAAAUCGAAUGAACACGGAUACUCGUCUUUCAAAGCGGAUGGAUCAGGAGAGUAGCAAAGGUAGUAGUGAGAUGUACAGCGACAUUGAACAGGGAAAGCUAGAUUCUGCACGAGUAUCUCACAAACCUCCCUUCUGGAUGAAUGAAAAUAUCCCUGAUAAUAAUGAUGGUGUGUACAACCAGUUGAAUGAAACAGAUUUAGAGACAGUGGACAGAAGUGAGUACUACGAUCACGCCAGACCAGGAGUAUCAACACCAGCUGAUGGAUACGGCACUGUGACUGUGAAUAAUGGUGAAAAUGAUAAAAAUUUAGAGGAAAAUAAGUCCAUAGUUGAUACCGAGAGACAAUCAGCAGAUGAAUACUUCGUGCUUGAUAAAAUACAAUGAAAAAAAGCAUCACAAAAAACCGAUGAAACUUCAGUUAUAAUCUCUUAUGUUUUAAAAUAAUGAUAAACAUAUUGGUUCAUUUAAAUUAUCAAUGCAUAUGUCGCAGAUAUUCUUAUUUAUGAUGUUUUUAUUUCUACAUGUAUAUAAACAUU